ACAGUUAAAGUUUGACCUUUUGACAAUCGCAGACAGCAGGUGUUUAUUUGUGGGUUUCUUUCGCCGAAAAUUGCCUGUUUUCACCAUGAAAAGAUGAUAUUUUGAUGAUCCUGGUGUUCUUUCGGUUCAAAGAUGUUCAUUGAAGACCUCAGGAAUGAUUUUUAUAACGUAUUACUUGGAAAUAGGGUUCUUCUGUUAGUGCAUUACGACGUAGACGCGAUAUGUGCGUGUAAGAUCCUCCAGGGGCUGUUUAAAUGUGAUAAUAUAUCGUAUACGUUGGUCCCAGUGGGGGGUGUGUCGGAGUUGAAGACAGCGUAUGAAGAAAACAAUGAGGAGAUCAAAUUCGUGGUGCUGGUGAACUGUGGCGGGACCAUAGACCUGGUGGAUAUCCUGCAGCCCGAGGAGGAUGUAGUGUUUUUUGUGUUGGACUCGCAUAAACCCACAGACAUUUGUAAUGUGUAUAGUGAUGGGCAGGUGAGACUAGUCUAUAAGGAUACUGAAGAAAACAUUCCUAAUUUCGAUGACAUUUUUAGAGAUGAUGAAGAAGAGGAACAGGAGCCCCAAGGCAGCGGCAUGGAAGCCCUGGAGGCAGCCGUGGAGAAGCGCCGCGAGAGGCGCGCGUGGGAGGAGCGCCGGCACACGCUCAUGUUCAACUACACACAGUUCUCCUAUUAUGGGAAGCCCAGCGCGUGCGUAGCCUUAGACCUAGCCUGGCUAGUGUCGCGCUGCGGCGGCGCGGCGCUGUGGGCGGCGGCCGUGGGCGCGGCCUCGCACGAGGCGCUGCACGCGCGCCCGCCCGCCCAGGCGCUGCUGGACGCCGCUUCGCUGCACCGGCUCGUGGCGGGCGGGCAGCACGCGGCCGGCGACACCAAUGUGAGUGGCUGCGUGGUGCUAGAAAAAGACGUGUGGUUGCCGCUAUACCGCUCGUGGUCGGUGGAGGCGGCGCUACGUCACGCGCCCGCUACCGGCCCGUAUCUCAAGUUACACACGCUGGCUGGAGCCGCCAGACUAAGGCAGCUGCUAGCUGAUAUGGGCUUCCCCCUCCAACAAGCGCGGCAGGCGUACCGUUCAAUGGAUGUGGAACUCCGGCGCUGCCUGCUGUCCGCCCUCGAGGCCGCCGCGCCCAAGCACGAGCUGCCGCCGCCCACGCGCGCCGCCUUCGUGCUGCAGCGGCCGCACGCGCCGCCCAGGCCGGCCCACGACCUGGCGUACGCGCUGCUGGGGCUCAUCGAGCACGUGACGUUGCCCAUUGCAAGACACUUCAAGUUGAUUAAUUCAUCGUGGGUCACUGGGGGUCACCGGGACACUGGGCCCGCGGGACUACAGGCGGCCCAACGCGCGCUGGAAGCAGUCGCGCGCCUCGUGCACGCCACGCUCAGCGCGCGCCGCCUGCACCUCGCCGGGCCCUUCGGCUACUUCAUCGUGCAGGAGGGUACACCAGAAGCGCGCUUCGUCCGCGGACCACAUUGGCUGGGCGUGGCAGCGCGAUGGGCAUCGAGCGCAUGCGGCGGUGCUCGGCCUUUACUAGCCAGUGCUCCGCUUGACGACGCCACGUGUCUACUAGUCGGAAUCCCGCCGCGCUUCGAUCAGGAGCCCAGAAACUUGUUCGGGGCAGCAUUCGAGCAAGCGGCGCGCAAGAGCGGCGCAUCAGUGUCCCUGGACCUGUUAGACGCGUCAGUAAUCACGCUGCCGACGUCACAGCGGCCGCAGUUUCUCGACGCGCUCACCGCCUUGCUGGCGUGAAACACAUUCUUUUAACGCUGUCAUACAACGCUACCGUAACGAUUGCAUUGUUGGGUUGGUGAUGUGAUGUAAUAAUGUAGGAAACAGGGUUACAAUGUUUACUGCAUUGGAUUUGGACGUUACUGUCUCCAGCGUCAGACUAGCUCAUUUCUGUUGUAAUUAAACACUGCUAGAGAAGUAACUGAGACUGUUCUAUUGUAAUAGCCGCCUUAACUAUGAGUGCCACAACACAUCUACAAAUCAAUCCCAGGAUAACCUUCUUGAAAGUAAAGUUGAUUUUGACACUAAUUUCUGCAUCGGUGUCUUAUGAAGGAUUAAAAUGAAAACUGUACAAAUAUAGGAUUAAAGGAAUCGAAUGGCUUGUUAUUUUAAUUUGAUUUCAUUGAUUAGUGUGUAAUAUAUUUUUUAAUACUUGAUUGCCUGAUUUAGCAUUUAAUAUUGUUAAUGUAUUUUAAUCACAAUUACAAUUUUCUAAUUAAUUUCCUAUCAUGAAAUCGCAUUGUAUUCAAACAAUACUCACCCAAAGUAAUGAUAGAGAUCAA